AUGGAAGUAGAGGAAGGUGAGCGGUUACCGUUCCUGGACGUUGAAGUGAUUCGUUUUAAUGGAACGCUUAAAAAGAAAUUGGUCAGAAAGAAGUCCUACGCUGGGAUAAUACUCAAUUUCCGGUCCCAUCACAAUUACAGACUGAAGAUUGGAAUAAUGAGGAGCAAUAUCAUCCGAAGCCUACGCUUAACGGAUGUAGAAUUCUGGGGCGAGGAGCUGAACAAAUUGACCGGGAUAUUCCUCGACAAUGGCUACCCUAGUGAAGUAAUACAAAGAAACAUACGGGCCGUGAAAAGCUGA